UGUGAGGCCACGCUUCCCCAUGCGGUUAGCGCACAUAUUGUCUUCCUCACCUCCAACGUGCCCAGGCCUAGUCGUACUCGACGAAAGCUGUUUUAGCGACCGGGCCAAAUGAAUGCACAGCUUCAAGGGGGAGGCCGGCGGCCUGCUCCGGCCAGCACCACCGGCCUUCUUCCCUCUGCCUCCCCCCAUUCCCGUCGCCUGCACUCCCAUCAUCGUCAAUUUGCAUCAUCUGCGCGACGAUAGGCACACAUGCCCUGGAGGGACCGCCGCGCACUCACACGCCCACCCACGGCAGACCUGCAAGCGUACCAGCCAACCCUAGAACACGCUGACUACAAGACCGCUCGCGCCCACAAAGCCACGCCCACCACCAACCCUCCUCUUCCCAUCACCACCGUCUGCACCCAUCACCACGCCAUCGCGGCACCACGUCGCCGGCCAGCUUGUUUGCGAAAAUGUCCACCAAGCUGACCAAGAGCCUGACUGCUGUCCUCAAGCUCUCGCCCAGGACACUGGCGCAGUUCCCCCACGAGGCACCCGCACAGCCAUCGCCGGCAUCCAAGCCAGCAUCAACACCAGAAGCCUCGCCUGCGCCCCAGAUGGCCGACUCCGCCGCUGCCGACACGCCCGCCGACACGCCCGCCGCCAUGAACGGAGCAAGCACACCGUCAUCGCUCGCACCACUGGCAUCAGGGCCAGGAAGCAAGCGCAAGGGGCCCGCACCGAAAGCAGGCACGAAGCGUAGCGCUGCUGCCAUCGACGGCUCCAGCACACCAAAGCCUCGCGGCAAGCCUGGGCCAAAGAAGCGAAAGAGUGGUGACAUGGUCAACGACCCUAACAACAAGACACCCCUCGCUGGUCCUACCCCGAUCCAGAAGCUGGGCCCCAAGGCAAACCAAGGUGCUAUCAAUGCCGGUCUGCGCGCCCUUGACCGGACCGGCAAGUUCAAAUGCCGCAAGUGGGAGAAGAAGGGCUUCAAGCUUCGCAGCUUCACUGGUGUCGCCUGGGACGUUCCCUCCUGGAAGGCACCCAGCCGCAAUUCAGCUUUCUCCGAAGACGUCAAGAGCGACUCGACUGGCUCCAGCGACACCAAAGUCAAAGACGAGAGCAGUGCUGUCAGCGAGAAGAGCGGUCUCAACGGAGACGCCGCAACACCGCUGCCACCGCUCAUGGAGGGUCUCAACAGCUCGCCAGCCCCUGUGUCUGCUGUCUAGUACCCAGCUCCUGUUCGUUUCCUUUCUCGUACUCCUAUUUUGCAUAUGUCUUAGCAUGUUCGGCGUUCAGUGAGCGCACUGUGGGUAUACCAAAAUGGACUUGUCUUCCAACGGCGUUUGGAUAUGGCAUAGGGGAGACCGGCUUGUUCAUGCGGCGCGUGACGUGCUCGACUACAAGUCUGGCGUCAAGGAGAUACCAUGCAUUGAUUGUGCAUUCAUUGGGUGGAAUUGUGGAGUUGUAUAGUAAUACUUGAGAUCACGAUCAAAUGCAUCAUUGCCAAAGAA